GAGAAUCUUUGCGCCUCAGCAGUAACCGCUACUUUCUAUUUACUCUGUUCAAGGUCAUUUUCUCGAAGUGAAAAUUUUAUUCAAUAUGCCUGUCGUCGCCGGUCCGCCCCAGGCCCAUGGCCCUUCUACUUUUGAGAAGAUGAAAAUGGGAGCUUUAAUGGGAACUUCUGUCGGCAUGAUUAUGGGCUUCAUCGGCGGAGCCGUUUCUAUCUUCCAAUAUGGUGCUGGACCCAAUGGUGUUAUGCGCACUUUGGGAAAGUUCAUGCUAGGUUCCGGAGCGACUUUCGGAAUGUUCAUGUCUAUCGGUAGCAUCAUCCGGACCGAAGGUCCCUACCACGAAGCCUGGCGCCGAGCCCACGCAAACCCGAUUAUCCUUCCUCGAGAAUCCCAAGGACGACGAUGAAAUGGGACACUGACGGGGUUACGAUGAGGGUAUAUAGCUAGGAAAAUAAUCAAGUGUACAUUAUAUUAUACAAGCGUAUUGGGGUCAGACUAGGACCUGGAAACUGGUCACUUUUUCUGUCGAUGUAGUCUAUCCCAUGGCUACUUUUUUGUGUGUGUGUGUGUGUGUGUUUUUCUUUUUCUUUUUUUUUUUUUUCCUUUUCUUGCCUCGAUCACAAUUCAUAUCUAAUCUUGACGACGAAGGAGAGCAGUGGUAGGCGGUGAUAGCUUCGAGUUGUGAGAUUGUAUAUAUUGGAUAGGAGCUUGUGAUUGACAAGUUUGGCGAAAUUGAGUGGUAAUUUCAAUAAAGAUUCGUAUCCCGGCAAUUAGAUACGGAAAGAAAUGAAUAGCGAGCCAGGACUCUGUUGAUGGUAUGGAUAUAGAUCUAAAAGUCAAGAGAGAGCAUACCGUCAAAGGAGAAUGGUUGCAAGACUAGAUUGCAUGACAGCUUAUCUGUCUUCU